CAGCCUUCACUCUGCCGAUCUUUCCCAUAACACCUUGCUCUGCCUGGCUUCUUGCGUUUCACACAGAUGACCAAAAUGGCGGAUACGUCGGUUGAUGUUGUCGAGGGCUGUCGACUUCCCGUUCUCCGAAAAAAUCAGGAAAACGAAGACGAGUGGCCCUUGGCAGAAAUUCUCAGUGUGAAAGAGAUACCUGGGAGAAAACUCUACUAUGUACAUUAUAUUGACUUUAACAAGCGUCUGGAUGAGUGGGUCACGCCGGAUAGGCUGGACAUGAAGAAGCUCCAGUUCCCCAAGAAGGAGGCUAAAACGCCCACCAAGAACGGGCUCCCGGGGUCACGACCCAGCUCCCCGGAGAGAGAGGUGGUGAGAGCAGCGGGAGCGGCCCCCCAACACCUCCCCGGCAGGCCCCCCCAGACCCAGCCCCAACAGAAGCCACUGCCCACCAAGACCUCUCUACCAGACUUUCCAGGGUUGCAACAACAAACUCAGAGGAAGAGUCUAGAUCUCAACCUUAAGCCUGCUACAGCUCCCUCCAGAGGCAAAACUCUACCCACACCGAAGAGGAAAACAGACUCCGUCUCCUUGACGACACAGCCGUCCCCGGUGACGUCGGUGGCGUGCCUGCCGGGGUCGGCGGAGGCCAGCCAGGCGUCGGUGUACCCGGCGGUCAGGGACGCCAACACCUUCGGCACCAAGGCCCGCGACGACCACGAGCAGCUCACCUCGCUCACCACGAACGGCACAGCCAGGCGGCUCAUCCCCUCACAGCCAGGCAGGAAGAGGAAGGCCAACUGUGGAGGAACUGAUGAGAUAAUAAAGGUUUUCCAGUAUAACAACCCUCGAUGUGCCAAUGUCUUUCUACCACCUGGAGAGGACUCCCAGGACAGCUCGGACGGCAUCCCCAGCGCCCCGCGCAUGACUGGCAGCCUGGUGUCGGACCGGAGCCAUGACGACAUCGUCACCAGGAUGAAGAACAUCGACUGCAUCGAGCUGGGGCGCCACAGGCUGAAGCCCUGGUACUUCUCCCCCUACCCCCAGGAGCUGACCACCUUGCCCAUCCUCUACCUCUGCGAGUUCUGCCUCAAGUACCUCAAGAGCCUCAAAUGUCUGCAGAGGCACCUGACCAAGUGCAACCUUCGACACCCUCCAGGAAAUGAGAUCUACCGCAAGGGAACCAUCUCGUUUUUCGAGAUUGACGGCAGGAAAAACAAAACCUACUCCCAGAACUUGUGUUUACUGGCCAAGUGCUUCCUAGAUCACAAGACCCUGUACUACGACACAGACCCCUUCCUCUUCUACGUCAUGACGGAGUACGACUCCAAAGGCUUCCACAUAGUGGGCUACUUCUCCAAGGAGAAAGAGUCGACGGAAGAUUACAACGUCGCUUGUAUCCUCACACUGCCACCCUACCAGCGGAGAGGCUACGGAAAGCUGCUCAUUGAGUUCAGUUACGAGCUGUCCAAGGUGGAGGGGAAGACGGGCACGCCGGAGAAGCCUCUCUCUGACCUGGGGCUGCUCUCUUACCGCUCCUACUGGUCCCAGACCAUCCUGGAGAUCCUCAUGGACCUGAAGCCGGACAACGGAGAGAGGCCCCAGAUCACCAUCAAUGAAAUCAGUGAGAUAACCAGUGUAAAGAAAGAAGAUGUCAUAUCUACUCUCCAGUACCUCAACCUCAUCAACUACUACAAGGGCCAGUACAUCCUGACGCUCUCGGAGGACAUCGUGGAGGGUCAUGAAAGAGCCAUGCAGAAGCGCCACCUGCGCAUCGACCCCAAAUGCCUUCACUUCACCCCCAAGGACUGGAGCAAGAGGGGCAAGUGGUAGAGAACCGGCCAGCUCCCCUGGUUCCCCUCUCCACUGCUCACCUGGUCUCCUGGUCCCCGGCCCUCCUGGCCCUUCAGACAGAAGAGUCUUCUGAUUCUCCCUGGUCACACAGGAACAGACUCCUCUGUCACAGAGAGAACCUCUCUAGUGGCUUACUUUGUUUUUGAGUCCUCUUGUGGCAGAUUUUAACAGAAACUGUGUCUAAUGGUCAGCAUCCAUUCUCUGAAUCCUCCCCAGUUUGAGUUCACCAUCUACAGUUUUGCCAUUGACAUUUCCACCGGUAGAAAUGUAGAUAUCUAUUCUCAAUAUAAGACCUGAUCAUAUCCGCAACUUGUCUGAAGGAAGACCCUCUUUAUGAUCUCAUUACUACCUUUGUCUCUGCAUUCAACACACACUCUCCAGUCAGUGAUUUGUUAGUUUGUGCUUGUAUGUGUCAAUAUCACUCUCUCUUUAAUGUUUUGUAAAACUAAAUGAUGAUGGUGGGCACCUACAGCCCCGUUGGUUUUCAGCGCACAAUGAGAAACACAGACAAACCUAUCCUUAAAGAACUUUGCUUGUACCCUCUAGUACUUGUAUAUACUGAAACUGUUUUAUAAAAUGAUUUUUUUAAGUGGUAUUGCAUUUCUGUAUAUCAAAUUAAGAUGUGCGGAGAUUAGUACAGAAUUAAGCCAUGGUGAACUGUUAUCAGAAUGUAAAUUUGGAUACCUGUACAGUUGUCCGUCCUUUUUUUAAACUUGAAUGUAAACUAACACACACGACACCAUAUGAGUGUCAGUUAAUUUAAUGAUACUAUUAAUUGUACAUUUUUGUGAAUCGUUAGGGAUCUGUAACAAAAAAAAUACAUUGAUUUUGUGUUGUCA